AUGAAAACACAUCUUGUCCAAUUUGUUGAUGCUACUGCUCCAAUUGCUGCAGAAGCCUUAGAUGCCUACAAAAGUAUUUGCCUGAAAAAAUUGGAAAUCGCAAAGGAAACAAUUAAUUCCAGUCAAAGUGAAGAUGGUCUUUUAUCACCAACUCAUCAAAGCUUAGACAAAACAUUGUCAAUUGGCCAUAGUAACCUAGAAGAAAAGAUGGAUGUGGUAGUUUCUAUGUUGAAAGAUUUAUCCACCAAAAUCGACCAGCAAAAAGUUCCUUCGGCUACAAGUACUGCAUCUGACAUGUCAAUUCUGGUGAAUGAACUCAUCACAGAUAAAUAUAUGCAAAGCAGCAUUUCUUGUGUGGACUGGAGUAAGAUAGAGAAUAUAAUCCAAUUGACAGAAAAAAUCAAGAGUGUCAGAUUCUUUGCAGGUGCCGAAAAUUACCAGAAAGGAUGUGUCAGGUGUCAACUGUGUUUUGAAUACCUUCCUCACGAGACAACCAUCUGA